AUGUCAAUCAAAGAUGUCCCCACUGGGUGUCCCAACGGGCCGAAGCCCUCUUCUACUUCUGAUGACGAAACUCGCCUCCUCGGACCCACAAAGCCGGAAUUGAAGGACUUACCAAGCAACUUCGACGCUCGGCAGAAGUUUGCCUCUUGUGCUGGAGUCAUUGGGCAUGUGAGAGAUCAAAGUGCUUGUAACAACUGCUGGGCUGUAAGCCCAACCGGAAUGCUCAAUGAUCGUGUGUGCAUCAAGUCCGGCGGUAGCUUCAGAGAUAUCCUAUCUGUCGGUUACUUCACUUCAUGCUGCAAUCCUGCUAAUGGAUGUCCCAAAGCGAGGGGCUGUCAGGGUGGCAACCUGUUUGAAGGUCUGAACUUCCUGAAAAAUCAUGGCAUUGUUACUGGUAAGAAUAUUCAACUCAGAUCACUCAAGUUGGGUGAGUUUGAGACCGGCAUCGACUCCUCUUCGGAUUAG